AUGAACAAUGAACAGCUCGUUGUUCAUCCUUGUGGGAUCAUCAAUGCACAUAGUACUAUGUAUCAUCAUGAGGCAGUAUCAAAUGUUCUACUGCUUAUUGAGCAGAUAUAUUCCCUUCUGCAUGCAUGCAAACCACAGCACCUAAUCUACAACUCCAACUGCAAUGCCCUCCAUGAAGUCAUGAGCUGCCAGAUCAAAUUCUUCGAUGGCAUCAGCAUGUGCAGUGAUGCAUUCAAUCACCAGACAAAGCAUAAGGCAAGUGACACUUUGUGUCACAAUCACUGCGACAUGAAGGCUUACCCAGAGUUGUUGGAUGAGGAUGGUGGGUACUACUUCAACUCUUCAAUUGCAGAGCAGAUCAAUGUGUGGUUUGGUGCCUUCCACAACAUUUGUCAUGAGAUGACACCAGUUAAGUACAAGUUCUUUUUAGACAGGAUGAUCAUUCAGCGCAAUCGUGUUACUCUAGCUACACUGCAUGCACAGGGUAAAAGGCCCUAUCACCCAUGUUUUACUUAG